CAUAUAAAAUACACAAGCUAACCAAUUUUCCUACCACAAAUUUUUCUUUUUUCUUUUAUUUUGAUAUUGAUUGAUCAGCUUCCACCCACAAAUUUGGAUAGAUGUAGACAGCAUUACCUCUCUUUCUUAAGCAAAACCCAUAGUAUUUAUAUAGAGGAACACUAAUUAAGCAGUUGAGGACACCAACCUUAAAUACUUGCAUAGAUUAUAUUAUAUUUAUCAUCCUUCAUAUAUAUUUUGCUCUCCAAACUAUCUCUUUUGGGCUCCAAAGAAAUGGGUGAUAUGUUGCGUUUGGCAGUAGGAGUAAUGGGGAAUGCCGCCUCCAUGUUGCUCUAUGCUGCACCAAUACUUACUUUCUCUAGAGUUAUAAAGAAGAAGAAUACUGAAGGAUUUUCAUGCGUACCUUACGUACUGGCGUUGUUCAACUGUUGUCUCUACACUUGGUAUGGGUUACCAGUAGUAAGUUAUCGAUGGGAAAAUUUCCCAGUGGUUACUAUUAAUGGAAUAGGGAUUCUUUUGGAGAUCUCAUUCAUUCUCAUAUAUUUCUGGUUUUCUUCUGCUAAAGGAAAGAAGGAGGUAGCUAAAAUGGUGGUGCCUAUCAUUCUAAUAUGCGUGGCAACAGGGAUUAUAUCGUCGUUUGUGUUUCAUGAUCAUCGCCGUCGCAAGGUUUUUGUAGGAAGCAUUGGAUUGGUAGCGUCAGUGGCUAUGUAUGCUUCCCCUUUAGUUGUUGUGAGACAAGUGAUAAAGACAAAGAGCGUGGAGUUUAUGCCAUUUUACUUGUCAUUUUUCUCUUUUCUUGCUAGCUGCCUUUGGAUGGCCUAUGGACUCUUGAGCCAUGAUCUCUUUCUUGCGUCUCCAAAUCUGGUAGGAACACCCCUGUGUAUCCUGCAGCUUAUACUGUAUUGCAAGUAUCGGAAGAAUCCGAUAAAGGAAAAACCACAAAAAUGGCCAGAUUUGGAAUAUAACGAGGAGAAAAUCAAGCAAGAAUUCCCGUUGGAUGAGAUAAAAGAAUCGAAGCUAAUUGUCACUGAGAAUCUCAAUACCAAGAUUUGAAGCGCGAGCUUUUCGUAGUUUACUUAAGGUAAAAACUUACUCGAUCAAGGAGUUGCUCACCAACGAGGACCAAGAAAUAUUUGCAUUGAUUUGUCUGUUGUGUAACUCUUAAUUCUCUUGAGGAAUAGGACGAAUUUAUUUUGUUCCUCAAGCUUCUCUUUUCUUUCAUUGUUCGUUUUUCAUCUUUUUCACUUUUGCUAUGAGCUAUAUAGUUGACCAAGCAAUCAUGUAUUUUACUCUGCUUUAUAAAACAUAGAUUAUUCUA